AAUAAUAAUAAUAAUAAUAAUAAUAAUAAUAAUAAUAAUAAUAAUAAUAAUAAUAAUAAUAAUAAUAAUAAUAAUAAUAAUAAUAAUAAUAAUAAUAAUAAUAAUAAUAAUAAUAAUAAUAAUAAUAAUAAUAAUAAUAAUAAUAAUAAUAAUAAUAAUAAUAAUAAUAAUAAUAAUAAUAAUAAUAAUAAUAAUAAUAAUAAUAAUAAUAAUAAUAAUAAUAAUAAUAAUAAUAAUAAUAAUAAUAAUAAUAAUAAUAAUAAUAAU